CAGCACUUUCGUUUUGACAUUGAAUAGGUUUCUUCAACAGACGAGUCACUCGUUUUUCUCAUAUAUUUGCUGUCGACAAUUUUUGGUGCCGGAUUAAAUAAAUAUGGCUGCUUUAUUAUCUCGGACGGGUAUUUUAAAUGAAAUUGUGAACCCAAAGGUUGGGCAAAAGAUUCUUGCACUUGCCACAAGUGGAAGUCUACAAAAGAGGAAUCUCAACGUUCAAGAACAUGUUUCAUACACUUUACUUAACGACGCAGGGAUUCCAACACCUAAGUUUGGUGUAGCAAAGUCCGGUCAAGAAGCCAAAGAGAUUGCCCAGAAACUCGAAACGAAUAACCUUGUGUUGAAAGCUCAGGUUUUGGCUGGUGGUCGCGGUAAAGGUCAUUUCAAGAAUGGGUUAAAGGGCGGCGUACGUGUUGUUAAUACACCUACUGAGGCUCAAGAUAUUGCCGGCAAGAUGGUGAAUCAGCUUUUAGUAACCAAGCAAACAGGCGCUGCUGGUCGCAUCUGUAAUUCUGUUAUGGUUGCAGAGCGUAAAUUCCCACGCCGCGAAUUCUACUUUGCCGUUAUGAUGGAGCGCGCUUUUAAUGGUCCAGUUAUCAUUGCUUCGUCGCAAGGUGGUGUUAACAUUGAGGAAGUGGCUGCAGAGAAUCCUGAUGCUAUUGUUUACGAACCUGUCGAUAUUAAGGUUGGAUUGACACCUGAUCAAGCAGCUAAAGUGGUGAAUUCAGUUGGUUUGGGCGAGUUUCAAGAGGAAACCGUAAAAAUGCUGAUGAACAUGUAUCAGCUGUUCGUGAAGAAGGAUGCUUUACUCAUUGAAAUCAAUCCGUAUGCAGAGGAUGCACUCGAAGGCUUCUUCGCAUUGGAUGCCAAAUUCCGUUUUGAUGAUAAUGCUGAAUUUCGUCAGAAGGAACUAUUCGCAUUGCGUGAUUGGACCCAAGAGGACCCCAAAGAAGUGGAGGCAGCCAAAUAUGAUUUGAACUACAUUGCAUUAGAUGGCACAAUCGGUUGUAUGGUGAACGGUGCUGGUUUAGCCAUGGCCACCAUGGAUAUUAUUAAACUAUACGGUGGUGAUCCAGCCAAUUUCCUUGAUGUCGGUGGUGGUGCAACUGCACAGGCUGUGAAGGAAGCCUUCAAGAUUAUUACUUCCGACCCGAAAGUUCACUGCAUUUUGGUGAACAUUUUCGGUGGUAUUAUGCGUUGUGAUGUUAUUGCCGAGGGCAUUAUUGCUGCUGCCAAAGAUUUGAAUAUGAAAAUGCCAAUUGUAGUUAGACUGCAGGGCACAAAUGUGAAUGAAGCACGCGAAUUGAUUCGUCAAUCCGGAUUGAGGAUUAUUCCACGUCACGAUUUGGACGAAGCUGCUAAUUUGUCGGUACAUUUGGCUCAAAUCGUACAUUUAGCGCGUGAAAUGAACAUGGAUGUCAGCUUCGAGAUUCCUGACAGUGUGAACAAAAAGUCUGGUCCAAAAGGCGGUAGUGAUGGAGGUGACAGCGGCGGCAGCCCCAUUUGCAAACCCAAGAAAAAAAUCACUUGUGACAAGAAAACGAAAUGAAUUAAGUUUUACGAUGGAAUUUGCUUUUUUAUAUAUUCAAAAUUGUUUGUAUUCGUUUGCGCAUUAUACAAAAAAAAAUUUAUUAAACAAGGUUUUGGCUUCAAAAAACUAAAAUAUUCCAGUUAUUAUUUGAUGAAAACUUUAUUUUAGAAUCUAUCAAUCAACGAAACAAUGUGAGAUUGUUCUUGUUCCUUCCAAUCAGCAUCGCCGUCAUCACCAAAAUUUCCGGCGUAUUCUGAAAUUAACAGUUUUUAAAUUUUUCUAGCUGCGAUGUGUGUAAAAUAAGUACAAACCUCGCAUAACAUUUCUGAUAGUUUUCAUUGAUGAACCGCGUAAAUUCAAAAUCUGUACGACUCGUUGUUUUACUGUAUCCGCUGUAGCUGAUACUUCUAAAAUGAUAUAGUCGAUUCGUUGCAGCGUGAAAAGUCCACCUGUCAGUCGCUUGAUGUAAUUAUUUUCUGCCUCCUCAUCUUCAUCGAUUUCAGUAUUCUGAUAAUAAAAAAAUGUGUCACCGUUAUGAAUUUUAUUGGUUCAAACUAGUUACCUUUCCUUGUUGAUCUAUUUCCCGGUCUACGGUUUCCACCUUCUCCAAAUACUUCAAAUGCAACUCCAACAGCCGAUCUACCUUUUCAUGGUCAUUUUCCGUGAAUUUCGAUAGCAGUCGUUGCCUUUGUGCUCCUCUGCAAUUUCU